UUAGGUAGCAGUGCUUGGCUUUGGCUCGAAGAGGGGAGAGGGGGCUAUGCCUGAUUCACGAGUAUAUUAAGCUGGUGAUGCAACCGCACUUUCUAUGAUUAUUUCUGCAAUCCGCUAGUUUGAUCCUCUAUGACCAAAAAAUGCACUGUAAAAGUUUCGUGUGCCUGUUGGGCGUUGCUGUCGCCCAGGCCAUUGGUGUCACCAUCUUGGCCGACACCAACCGUGAUGGCAAGAUUGAUGUAAAGACCGAUGGCCAGAACAAGGCUACCUGGACCAAUGAGCGUGGCGCCAUCUUCCUCCCCAACAUUGUUGACACUGAUGGGCGCUGCUCAGCCAACAUCAACAUCAACACUGCCGAUAACAAGCUCGAGACCUGCCAUGAUGCGUCAGACAACGUCUUGCGAAAUUCCAAUUACCUUGCGCCCUUGAAGGUCCUCCCAGUUAGCGGUCUGGCAACGGAUGCAAAGGGUCACUUCACCGUGACCAACGCCGCCAAGGUCAGACUCUUCCGCAAGACUAGCAAGGGAUGGAGCUACGUUGACGGCUGUACCUCCUUUACCGCUGCAGAUCUUGCCGCUGGUCUGGAUCUGGGUAUCGAUGGUCGCGAUAUCCGUCGCCCUAGCGGCUGGGAUGGACGUACCAAUGUCCAAUUCAGCGUUGUGAGCGAUGGCAAAGAAUACAAGGAUACCGUCACCCUUCGUGUUGCUCCCGUCCUGACCCAUCACCAUGCCCAGUCCGUCGAGUACGUCCUCAUGCAUAACACUAAGAAGGCAGAUGGCUAUGACGACUACUGGACCGAAACCGUGGGCGGCGUGACAAACGCAACUGCCUGGGCCGGUAUUAAGGGCGGCCUGAAGCAAGCCUUUAGCGAAUGUGACCGCUGGUCCCAAGACUUCAUUGAGCCUGGCUACGCUUCCAUGCCUGGCCCCAAUGGUCUCGUCUAUCUACACAUCAUCAUUCGGUCGUUCCAGUCGGAUCGCGAGUCUGGCCGUCAGGCAUUCAGUCUGCGAUCGUCCAACACAGGUGCUGUCCAGUGGCUGAUGAACGGAUACUCCCAGGACUCCGGUGGCAACAUUGAGACCAUCCCUCCCUACUCGAACAAUGGUAAGCACUGGCCCGCGGGCCGUGUCAUCUCCGGCCGACAGGAGAAGUUCCUCCCCAAUGCCUUUGCAUUCUUCAAGGCGCAAGAGACCCAGGACGCCCUGGAGCUCGACACAAGCUGGCUCCUGGUUGGCCACGUCGAUGAGUUUAUCCAAUUCCUCCCUGUCAAGACUAACCGCGGAUGGGCCAUCAUGGUCGAUGACCCCAAGCUUGGCCUGGAAUUCUUCAAGAACCUCAAGGCACAGGGACACGGCGAUCUGAACUGGCUGUCCCGCAAGUUCAACACGGCCUACCCCAAGAGUUACCCCAAGACAAUCACCGACCUGCUGGCUAUGAACAACCUCGAGGAGUAUACCAAGCUCGCCAGUGACAAGAUUGAGGCCAACCUCAAUAUCCUUAAGAAGGAAACCGGAAUCACCGACGCCGAAAUCUACCGUCUACCAGGACUUUACUACCUCUGGCUGAAUGACAAGAGCCCUCACGAUAAGGCGGUCGCAAAGGCCAUGGCCAGUAAUUCCAGCGAUGGCGGUAAUGCUGGUGAUAUCGCCGAUGAGGACUGGCAGUCUUCUAAGAGCGUCGCUCAAGUGCCGGCUCUUAACGCUCUUCAGGCCGGUGGUGGCAGAGCAGAGGACUCCCUUCAAGUACGUGCCGAGCAAGUUAAUCUAAUUGCUAUUGGUCCCGCCAUUAUCAACGGUAUUGUCCUCAGCGAUAAGCACUACGCCGCGCCUAACCCCUUCGGACCUAUUGUCAGUGGUGUUGAUGUUAUCCAGAAGAAUGCCCUCGACACCUACAAGAAACUCGGCUACGAUGUGAGAUUUGUUGAUGACUGGGAGACUCUGCAUACCUACAAUGGCGAAAUUCACUGCGGUUCCAACACGGUUCGCACCCCCAAGGGAACCUGGUGGUAAACACCUGGACAUGGUAUACAGCGCUGCCCUUAAAUCAAAUCUUAUCAAACAAACUACCAAACAAUUCAAAAAAAAAUUGUCUUAUCUCCUUUUCAAACAAACAAAUAUAUAAUUCUGGAUUUGAUAUACGUUUAAUGCCUUUGAAACAACCGAGUUUUGUACGCUUGCCGACCCGCACCUACACUAGACACAGGUUUUCACUGGUGGCCUCUGGUAGAGAAUCGAGAGCGAGGCCUUCAAGAAGCGACUUGUAGCUACACUAGUUACAAUGGACGCUAAGGGUGCCUUCGAUGCAGUCCUGCGUAAUAGACUAAUCAAGCGACUAUGCGACCAGGGAUGGCCGAGGUUCCUUGUUAAAUGGGUCUUUAGCUUCAUGUCUCUCCGAAAGGCAUACGCCCGUUUCGGAAUAGGCCGCUCGGGAGUUAUCAUAUUACCAUACGGCCUACCCCAAGGCUCGCCAAUC